AUGGACUCCAGACAAACACUAGAGAUUCCUGGGAUUAGGCAAUCCGGCAAUGUCACGAACGACCUUAGGUUGAUAAUUUGUAAAUUGUUAAAUUCAACUAAACCUGCAAAAACGUUUCCUGGAUCUCAGCCAGUUUCCUUCCAGCAUGUUGAUAUUGAGGAGAAGUUAUUGGUGCGGGACUAUUAUGUGUGUGAAAAGACCGAUGGACUACGUACACUGAUGCUUAUAAUAGUGAAUCCGGUUACUAAAGAGCAAGGGUGUUUUCUAGUUGAUAGAGAGAAUAAUUAUUAUCUGAUUAAUGGGUUUAGAUUUCCAAGGUUACCUAGAGCAAAUAAAAAAGAGUUAUUAGAAACUUUUCAAGAUGGUACACUAAUUGAUGGUGAGCUUGUGAUGCAAACAAAUCCUAUGACGAAGAUCAAUGAAUUGCGUUAUCUUAUGUUCGAUUGUCUAGCUAUUAAUGGUCGAUCAUUGGUGCAGUCUCCAACUAGUUCUAGGUUGGCACAUUUAGGUAAGGAGUUCUUUAAGCCGUACUAUGAUCUUCGUUCCGUGUAUCCAGACCAUUGCUCAAAUUUCCCGUUUAAACUAUCUAUGAAGCAUAUGAACUUCAGUUAUGAUUUGGUUAAGAUUGCUUCUACGCUAGACAAGCUGCCUCAUGUCUCUGAUGGACUGAUUUUCACUCCUGUGAAUACUUCCUACAAUGUUGGUGGUAAAGAUUCCAAUUUAUUAAAGUGGAAACCUCAACAAGAAAACACAGUGGAUUUUAAAGUGAUUCUUGGAAUUCCGUUGGUGGAAGAUGAAUCGCUUCCAAAGAAGGACAAGAAUAGAUUUUACUACAACUUUGAUGUAAAGCCCUCAUUCCAUUUAUAUGUUUGGCAAGGGGGACCAGACAUCAACAAUAGACUUCACGAUUUUGAUCAGCCAUUUUCUAAAAAGGAAUUCGAAGUUUUGGAUAGAACUUAUAAGGAAUUUGCAGAGCUUCAGAUAGGCGAUGAGCAGUGGGUACAGCUGAAAUCCCUCGAACAGCCAUUAAAUGGUAGAAUUGUCGAAUGUUCCAAAGAUCAAGAAACAGGCGAAUGGAAAUUGCUUCGUUUCAGGGAUGACAAGUUGAAUGGUAAUCAUAUAUCUGUUGUUCAAAAGGUGUUAGAAAGUAUUAGUGAUUCUGUAAAACUGGAAGAUUUAGAACAAAUUGCACCUCAAAUGAGAUCUAAUUGGGAGGCAAGAACAUCAGAGAAAAAACGAAGUUUAUCUAGUGUCUACAUGCCAGCCCCAAACCCCCCACCACCCAUCAAUCGGGAAAAGGAACAGCCCAAGUAUGUGGACGAUGGUGACUGGUCUGAUGAAGAGGAACAUGUUUUGCAAGGUGCAAAAAAAAUCAGAACGGAAUAG